UAUGAAUGCUGGACAUUUACAAGGGAUCACCGUCAGCCAAAGAUUCGUCUUUGGUAUCAAUGGUGAGUUCAAGAACAGCCUUUUCUUAAUCGAAGACCACCGGGUUGUAUACACAGCUGGACACAAUGUGGUUGUGUAUAAUACUGAGGAUAAAUCGCAGUACUUCUAUGCAGGAAGCGAAGGGACUCAAGGGAUUACAGCUAUAUCUCUUUCGCCUAACAAGGGAUAUAUCGCUAUUUGUGAGAAAGCAGAUAAAGCACAGUGCAGUAUCUUUGACACCAACACUUCAAGGAGAAGAAAGACUCUGACCGCUGAAGAUUUAAAUUCGACUGAGUUCAUAUCUGUGGCAUUCUCUCCUGUCAAUGAAAGAAGUAAUUUAAUUACCCUAAGUGGGGAGCCUGAUUGGUCUUUGAUGUUUUGGAAAUGGGACAAACUCAAGAUUCAAGCACAGAUUAGUGUGAGUGUCACUGGGCCAACUGAUGGGUAUUUGCAAGCAACAUUUAACCCUCAUGAUCCAUAUUGUAUUGUCAUUACAGGAGGAGGACUCUACAAAUACUUUAGAGUGAAGGAUACUGAGAUUGAACCUGACCAUACCCAAUUAAAUAAUAAGGAUGAGGAUCUCAGCUCUGAAUUUACCUGCCAUUGUUGGUCAAGAGAUGGAUACAUCAUUGCAUGCACUGAAAGGGGAGAAAUCAUGAUGUGCGAAAGCUCUGGAGAGUUUGUCACAAUGAUCGCUGAUAGCCCUGUCGAAGAUUGUCACAUUGUAUCAAUAUGAGCUUAUGAAAGAGGGUUUAUUGUUGCUGGCAAGGAUGGAAAAUUCUUUAUAUUUGAAAAAUCAAAUGACCUUGACAUGCCAUAUAAACUUUUGAAAGAAACUAACCUUAAAAGUUUUACUAAAUUCAAAGAGCCAAACAACAAAGUCAACAUGACAAUCACUAGUAUGGCUAUAGCAAGCUCAGAAGAUACUGUAUAUUUUACUCUUGACAGCAAUCAACUCAUGAAGCUUUCUGUUGCUCUAGAUGGAACAGAUGAAGCUGACAAAUUUGAGCAUUUGAUUUAUGACUUCCACUCAUCUUCGGUCACUGGACUCGACAUUUGUAUCAGGAAGCAGCUCAUUGUGACAUGCUCAACUGAUCAGAGUGUGAGAAUCUGGAACUAUGCUACCAAAUCACUAGAGAUUUGCAAGUACCAGUCUGAUGAAUGCUUUGCAGUAUCCUUCCACCCAUCAGGAUUCCACAUUGCAGUUGCUCUUACUGACAAAAUAUUGCUGAUGAAUGUGUUCUCGAAUGAUCUCGAGCAAUAUAAAGCUAUCCAGAUCAAAGGGUGUCAUGAGAUCCAGUUCUCGAACGGAGGCCACUUAUUCGCAGCCAUCAAUGACAAAGUGAUCAACGUGUACAAUUUCUGGACAUGCGAGAGGCCAACCAACUACCAAUUCAAUGCUCACUUGAACAAAGUCAGGUGCAUUCACUGGGAUGAAGAUGACCUGGGCUUUGUAUCCAGUGGAAUAGACGGAGCCAUUUAUAGCUGGGUGCUCAAAGACAACUCCCAGAGAUCCGAUGAAUGCUUGGCUAAGAAUGUGCACUUCUACUCAGUAGUCAAAGAACCAGGAGGCAGAGGAACCAUUUACGCUGUUGGAUCAGAUCAAAUGAUUAGAGAAAUUGUGGAAGGAAAAGAUGCACACAUAUUUGAUGCUGGAGCCCCUCUCAGUCAGAUUGUGAUGACCAAAAACCAGAAAGCACUCUUUGUGGGAACUGCUGAGAAGGAUGCUCCUGGGUGUAUCCAGAUAUACAAGAUUUCAUUCGAAAAGAUUGUGGAUGUACAGGCUCAUAGCAAGCCAGUUGAGAGACUCAAACUAUCUCACUGCAACCAAUACUUGUUCUCGACUGGACAAGAUGGAUGUCUGAUCAUCUAUGAUGUAAAUGACAGAGAUGCUAAAGAUCGUAAAGGAGAAGCCUCUCUGACAUAUUCAGAUCAAGUCUUGACUUUGCCAUCUCAACUUGAAGAAUACAAAAACAUUCGCGAUCAGAAACAAGCAGAGAAUGCAUCUCUCCGCUCUCCAGACAAUCUCGGAAGCAUGAUCAAGAACAAGAACCUUGAAGAAGAAAAGCAGCAGCUGACUGAAGAAAUAGCAACAAACUCGAUACAAGAAACCACAAAGCAGGAGCAACUUACAUCUGAGAAGAGUACUAAAGAGAGUCAGUUCCAAGACAGUCUCAAGAAAAUUGAAGAAGAGUUUGCUACCUAUAAGGAAGACCAAAAGACAAAAUACUCUAGGCAAAUGCUAGAAGACUCUACUCGCCACCAACAACUUGUACGUGAAAGAGAAAAUAAAGAAAGAGAGGGAAGAGAAAGAAUCCAAAUUCUCAUAGAAACUCAAAAGAAUGAACUAGAAGAUUUAAAAUUAAACCAUCUUAAAGAAAUGGAGACUGAACAGAAUAAUAUAGAUAACCAUGAGGAAGAAAUCAAGGUUCAAAAAGAAAAACACCAGGAGAUCCUCCAGCAGAUCUCUGAAGAUGCUGAAAAAGAAAAAGACCAAAUCACUAAGAAGAAUCAGACUGAUAUUAAAAAGAUCGCUGACUUCAGUCUGAAGUCUAAAGCUGAACUCCAGUUGAAUAAAAACAGGAACAAAGACUUGACCAACGAGAUUGAACAACUGAAGAGAGAAGCCAUGGAUCAGAAACACCUCAUUGACUCCCAAAGAAGUUCGAAUGAAGAAUUCAAAGAAGAGAAAGAGAAGAAAGACAAAGAGAUCCUUGAGAAAGAUACUGUUAUUGGAGAAAAAGAAGCUCAAAUCUAUCAAUAUAAGAAGAAAACUCAGGAGCUCGAAAAAUUCAAAUUUGUGCUCGAUUACAAAAUCAAAGAACUCAAAGCUGAAAUUGAACCCAGAAAUAAAGAAACAGAUAAACUUAAAGGGAUGACUAAUGAUAUGGACAACAGUCUCAAAUACUUCAACAAAGUCAAUGCUGGACUUGGAGUUAUUGUGGAUGACCUUCGAGUCAAACAAGAGAAAAUGCAGGCACUUAUCAAAAUGAACAGAAACACAAUCAGAACGAACAACAUUCUGAUCAAGUCUUUCAAAGAUGAUAUUUAUGAAACAGUGCAAUACAUAGAUGAUCCUCUCAAGCUACAAACUUUCACACAUGAAAUGUACCAGAAAUAUGUGAAAGACAGCAGCAAGAAGGCUGUGGAAAUCAACCCUGAAAUCAGAAAGGAGUAUGACAACCAAGAGAAAUUCUUAAUGAAUUCGAAGCACUCUCUCGAACAGAAGCUUAAGAAGGACAUGAAUCUGCACAAGAAGGACAGUCAGAAGCAUAUGAGAGAGAACUAUGAACUCAUCAAGCAGAUCAAUACACUUAGAGAUAGAAGAGAUGAGCUCAUCAGCAAGACCAAGAAGUCAGAGAUCUCCAAUCUCUCUAUGAACAACUCAGAAAGAGCUUCCCACAUAAAUGAUAGAAGUAGUCAUGCUGGAGCUACCCAGCGGGACGAAUUUGCUGAAGCUGAGCUAGCUUCUAAAAGAGAGCAGAUUAUCCAUCUCAGAGAAGCUCUCAAGAAAGAAAAGGAGAUAAAUGACACUCUGAAGGCAGAAACUCAAGAAUAAAUAGUAUCUGUGGCAAGAAUUCAAGAUA